AAGCGUGACCUCUCUGAAUAUAAGAUUCAAAGAGAACGCCUUCUUUCCGCUCUUCUUGAAGUAGACGAAAGAAUAAGAAUGGCGGAAGCUGAUCUUGAUGGAUCUUCUAGAAAUUUCCGUGAAGAUGAUAUAUCAGAUAAUAGAUCCGAUUUGCAGAUGGAUUUAAGUGGGGAUUUGCGUGGGGUUUUCGAUGAAAAUUUUAGUGGAAAUUUGGAUGGGGGUCCUAUAUAUGAAGAUGAUAGCGCUCCCACUAAUGCCAUAAUGGAUGGUUCGGGAUCUCAGAAUCCUCAGCGAAAAAUUAAUAGGAAAAGAAAGACCGGAAGAAGAAUUGCACCGCCCUUAAUUCGAGAAAAAAAUCUUCGGCAUCAGGAACGAAUAAAUUACAAUGUGGGGUCCCCAUCAAGAAAGCGUCGAAAAAAUAAGCCUCUCAUUCACCGAUACCUCCACAUAGAGAUAGAAUUUGUAGUCGUGAAUGCCUGUUACACUGCUUCCCUUAGAAAUGUUCCAACAAAUUCAAGAAGGGGAAUAAUUCUGAAAGAAGCAAGAGAAAAGGAAAGGGAGGAGGAAGAAAUCGAGUUACUAAAUUUACCGAUGACCAAAGUUUUCGAAUAA